GCGCGCACUCGAAUCGUCGUCACAGCGCGUCUCGCCUCUAAUGAAGGACUCGAGCCACUCUGUGUUCCAAACAGGCCCGGAAUCGCACAGCAGCAACAGCAGGAUGCAUCACAUGCUAUGGAUAUACGUCGCCCUCACCAUCCUGCCGGCUUUCGCCUACGCCGUGGCGUUUCCACAUUUUAUCAGAGUGGCGGACGAGUGCGACAUGGAGACCAUUCGGGAGAAGGUGAACGCUACUAACGAGCGACUGCGGAGGACGGACUACAAAGAUGGACACGCCUACUCCAAGCAAACGUGCCAGGAGCUGGAGAUCCUGUUCAGCGCAAUCGAGUCUCGCAUCGGACGCUGCGCUGACUCGGAGAGGAACCGUCUGGGCCUGCUGGUCGAGAGUGGCCGCAUGACAGCGGAGCUCAAGUGCCGGGACGCUCUCGACAGCGAGGCGAAAACGUACAUCAACUGCUUGCGGAACUACAACCACAGUGGGGACCAGUGCUCCGAAAGGUUGCGCACACUCAAGGACCAGUACAAAGAGUACUCCGAGGGGCUCACCAACACGAACGACGUCUGCUGUGCCUACCACUCGUACCACAAGUGCCUGGGAGACCGCUUAGCGAACGCCUGCGGGGACGAUGCUCGACAGCACGUCGAACUGUACGCAGACAAGCUGACCAAUCGGCUGCUGUACAACUUCUGCCGAAACUACGAAACGUCGGUGUGCGUCGACGUGGACUCGGGCACGACGCGGCUCGCCAGCGCAGCAGGAACUGCGCUUACGUCGGCGGUUCUUGCUUACGUCACCGGCUACAUGCUGUGGUAGCUGUCUAGGGCGUCAUUAUAUAAAUACGUAUAUUCCGGGCUGUAAUGUACAGACGUGGAAAACACAGAUAUGUCGAAAGUCACGGCUGCACUAGAGAACGCCGCAAGUUUGCCCAACCUAGGUUCUCGCACGCAUCGUUUGAGUGCUUUUUGAUCUCUAUAGCUUCUUGAGUAACUGAGUGGGUGGGUGAUAAGUUGCGUUUCAAUCAAGCCCAGUCGGCUGUGUGAGACGGUGCAGUAUGCAGUGCAGGAUUUUUGCAAGCCAGUACGCGUGAGGGUAAACGAGAUAGUUGAAUAGAAGAAAAAAGCCAGUGAUAAUUGGGGUUCUUAUGAGAAAAAGACGAAAAUACACAGCUGUCCAAAUUAUAAAUUCUUGAGGAGCUUCU